CCUCUGGUGGCGUCCUGGUGGCAUGACAUAGCAGGCGGCUGAAUCCGCUGCAGUAACAGCUUUGGACCAAAAACGGUAACCGGGUUAAGAGUGUCGUCAUCGGAACCGUGUCGUUCACUUGUUAAUAACUAGCAGGCAAUGGCGACAUGCGGAGAAGGGACUCCUCAGUGGAAAACAACGAUUAUUGUCAGCACAUCGCUUCAGAGCCACGAAAUAAUUAGGAUGCUAAACGCUCAGCAGCACCGCAUCAGGUUUUCAGACAGUGUUCAUCCCGGAGCCUUCAUUUUUCCUCUAUCAGGUACUGCAUUCCUGAUGGUUGACCCACAAGACCUCCCAGAGCCCUCUGAAGAAUCAGGAGUCUUUGAGAGGAUAAAGAAAUUUGUGCAAGUCCACCGCAACUGCUUUUUACUCCUUCAUUCACCAUUUAAAGGAAAAAAGGAACUGGAAACGCUGACUGUGAUUCAAAACAGAUUCUUUGGCAGCAAUCUCAGGAUCCUGCCUGUGCAAAACACUGAUGAAAUUGUUAAAGGGAUGUUAACAAUUGCCAAGGCCACCAGUAAACCCCAUGUAGACAGCAUCCGGGACCGGAUCUCUCUGGCUCGGGCUCACAUCAUUGAAAGCAGUCCUGUGUGGGAGAUGUUAAGAGACAUGCUGCAAAACUCGGCAGCUCUGAAUGUGAACGGCAGAAAGAAAAACACCAAACCCUUCCGUGGAGAAAAACAUCAGAGACCUGCACCUGCAUCUUAAACAGGAUUAAACCAUGGGUAUGCCUCAAAGCCUAAUAUUUCUUUUUCCACUUCAGCACACUGUGCAUCUUUUAUAAUAAUACAGUUUCCACUGCCAAACAUAAUCUUGUCAGUGAUACAUUCUGUAGAGUGAUUUAUUUCCAUAAACUACUGCUGAUACAAUUUGAUUAAGCAAUUUCCUGUGCUGACAGGGAACAGUCAUUUUUCCUGCUAUGCGGCCAUGUGAGUGAGUGUGUGGUUGUGUAUGUCUGUCUGUGUGCGGUGUCUGCAUGCAUCUGGUCAGUCCAGGGUGCAUCUGGAGCAGAGGUCCACCCACACAUGCUUUCAGCAGGGGACCCCUCUCCCCUCUUAGAGGUCAGAUAAGACAAACCAAGCUUUGUUCUGGACUGAAACAAUGCAUCACAGUCUCAAACCUUGACUGUUGAACGAAAGCUGCCUUAUGAGUCACAAGAACUACUCAAGAGCAGAGGGUCUUUGAACAUUACAUAUGAAAUACAAAGUAUUAGAAUGGUGAACACAUCAGGGAUUUUGCUGACAAGGGCAGAAAAAAUGUACGUUUCUUCCUUCGUGCAACAGAAACUGUGUUUCUUGUAAGCAGAGCGGAAGAAAACAGCAAUUUUGCGGAGGCCUCAGCAACUGUGAUUAAUAUCCUAGGCUAGUUGCACCCAUGCAAUGAUGACUACUUCUGUUAAAUUACAUAAUAACACUGUGUAUGUUCACAGCUCCUUCCCAGCACUUCCCCAUUUAAACAUUCAGCAACAAGAACAACAGAAACUCCGUCCCUACAGAAGACAUUAGUCUUUUGCAUGAUUAUUUUAAUUAACAGAAACUUUACAGUAAAAUAUUUCUCUGUGUCAGUCAUCUAAGUAACAAAAAUAAAUGGGCUUGAAGUCUCUAUGGUUAUAACAAACGUAUGACUAUAAAUGCUGAGCACCUAGCUGUUCUGGCACAGCUACUGGUUGUCAGUUUUCCUAAAUGACCCAAAGAAGCCUUCAGUUGGAGGAGAAUUCAACAAAACUUCCAUUAACAGCAGUCAGUGCAUAAAGAUAAAAAGCACCAACUGUAGAUCCCCAGUAACUUUCAAUCUGUUGCAGCUGCACUGAGUCGUUUAACAUCAGGACACAUCAGGCUUUCUGCUGAGUCACCACUAUCCCAGACUUGUGGCUACAAUCAGGUGGUCCAACACACACCUGGCACAGUUUUACACAACAAACAACAAUCACUGUGUAUGUCCACAGUCUUUGUGCAGUUUAAAUCAGACUGCCACUGCCACUGUCUGGGCACAGGAUUAUUACGGGGCUUAACAGAGUAACUGUAGAAACAAGCAAGCUAAAAUUAGCGUCAAAUAUCAACGUCUGAAAUAACAAGUUCAAGGGCAACCCCGCAGGGUCACUGAGGACAGAGAUAGCCUUAAAAUUAUCACUGGACCAAGUAAACAGUCACACAAACUGGGCCUUUGUAACAUUUGAGCCAGGGAGAUUCAAAUGGCAGCAAAAAAUUAUAAAUACAAUUAUAAUAACAACAAAACAAAUCAGCCAUGAUUUGAAAUAUGUUAAGUUAAACAAUUUCAAUGCAGAAACAGCAGCAUCAUUGGACCCUUUUUUGCAACCUAGAAUAAAUGUCAUGGAGUUUUGUCUUUAAGUGUGUAGAGGUUUAUACAGGUUUGAGACUAGAAGGAGACGCAAAUCCCUUUGGUGUUUUGCGAGGAAUGGCAACAAAUUCUACUAAAUCAAAUAUGCACAGCUAUUUGUUUUGGUGACCCCGUGUGAGUAAAGGAGCAGCUGAGAGAAGGCUCUUAACCUUGUCUUCAAGGCAUCAGAUGUCUAUUUGUAAGCUAGUAAAAUAGCCCAGGCUGAAUAAGCUCUUAAGCAGGUCUGCAUAUGAUCAGCCGUCACCUCACAGGUAGUCAUGUGCACAAG